UGGAUCCGAGUCAAGGUGGUGCAAAAAGUCAGCAUGGAGAAGGCGAACAAAUCCUUGGAACUGACCCACGACGAGUCAGAGGCGCCGGCGCCGGGCCGAGCUUCUACGAGCCUUACGCUCUUCGCGGCAUCCGAGUCGACCGAGUCGAAUCCGGACUCGUUGUCUGAUUUUUCAAGGUCCCUCUCUCCUCAGCCCAACAACAUGGAGAAUGCGAAGAAGUCUGUGGAGUUGACGCAGGACGAGUCAGAAGCCUUGUCGCGACUCGUCCUUCCGGAACCCCAACCAGGGGUAUGCAUAUACAAUCAUUUCGCCACCAGAGGCAUCCGAGUCGACCGAGUCGAACCCGGACUCGUUGUCUGUACUCUCAAGGUUCCUCCCCGCCUCACUGAUAGAGCUGGAAAUUUGGCUAAUGGUGCAAUUGCAAAUCUUGUUGAUCAAGUUGGUGCUGCUGUUCAUGUUAGGGGUCUCCCCGUGAACGUUUCGGUGGACAUUUCCAUCUCGUUCAUGUCAAAGGCGAAGCUUGGUGAUGAGUUAGAGAUCACGUCAAGGGUGUUAGGACAACGAGAUCGUUAUUGUGGAACAUCGAUACUUGUGAGAAACAAAGCAACUGGUGACGUUAUUGCUGAAGGUCGGCAUUCAUUGUUUGCUAUACAUACUAGCAAACUCUGAGUCCUUUUUCACUACACUAUGUAUAUAGGUGGAAUGAAGGGAGCUCUUUGGGGGCAUAGGUUGAAUCUUUUCGUAGUUUCGCUUCUGGGAAAUAAUUGUUUGUCAUUGAAUAAGGAUUGAGAAUUAUGUUUAACAUACAUGGUCCAGAUUCUGGCCUCAGAUUUAGUGAACUGUUUUCAACUGCUA